AUGGCAGCUGUCACCAAACACCUGUCGUUUGGUAUCACGGCAUCCACUUCCUUUGAGCCGCCCUUCCUGUUGGCGAAGCGGUUCUCGACUCUGGACCACUUGACGGACGGCCGAAUUGCUUGGAACAUUGUCACAUCCUGGAAGAAGUCGGCGUUUCAGGCGAUUGGUAUCGAUGCACCCAUCGAACACGAUCUUCGGUACGAGCAGGCAGACGAAUACCUGCGUGUGACGUAUAAACCCUGGGAAGGGUCUUGGGCCGAUGAUGCUGUAACAGAAGAUACCGCAACGGAUACUUAUGCGGACCCUGACAAAGUCCGUACCAUCCACCAUCAUGGCCGUUUCUACAAUCUCGACUCUCGACACAUCGUAGACCCAUCUCCGCAACGCACGCCGUUCUUGUUCCAGGCAGGCACAUCCAGUGCCGGGUCGUCUUUUGCGGCACAGCAUGCUGAGGCAAUCUUUGUGUCUGGCCACGCUCCUGCUGUGCUUCGCCCGAAGAUCGACAACAUCAGAAAACUUGCUGCGGAAGCCGGCCGUGACCCGCGCUCAAUCAAAGUCUUUGCAACGUUCACACCGGUGCUUGGCCACACGGACGAAGAAGCCAAGGAAAAGCACGAAGAGUUCAAAAAGUAUGCUUCAACCAUUGGGGGUCUUGUCCUUGUCAGUGGCUGGACAGGAAUUGAUCUAUCUGCCCUGCCGCUCGAUAAAGAGAUCACUAGUGAUGACGCGAGUGUUCCGGACCGCGUGCACAGCAUCCUUGAUGCUUUUUCUAUGACGAGUGAGGAGAUCCCCAAGUGGACACCACGGGUCAUUGCUGAGCGUGCCUCAAUCGGUGGUCUGGGACCCGUCUCGAUCGGUAGUCCGGAAGCAGUAGCCGACGAGCUGGAAAAAUGGAUUCGUGAGGCAGAUGUGGACGGUUUCAAUCUUGGUUAUGUUAUUACGCCCGGAAGUUUUGAGGACAUUGUGGACCUCUUGAUUCCUGAGCUUCGGAAGCGUGGUAUCUACCCUGAACUCCCAACAGACGGAGGCGAAGCGCUCACCGCACGUGAACGGAUUUAUGGAAAAGGACAAAAAGGCCUUCGCAAUGACCAUCCUGGAAAGAAGUACGCCUACGAGUCGUACGUAGAGGAAUAA